AUGCAUCCCCUGGCCACGCACCAGAACACGGGAUUCGGGGAAUUUUUUAGAGAGGUUAUCUUCCUCGCGGUCCGGGCGGUUAAGCCAAGACCCUCGCCCCCGAUCAGAGCCGCGAGACUUAACCACAGCGCUCUUCUCGGGAUUGCGAUAUGCCGACGGUUGACAGGGAGACUACGUCCCCCUGCCUGCUCGGUGGUAGUGUCAGUACACGCCGAGCCCGUCCUCCUUUCUCCACCGCUAUCAGCGGAGAAACUGUGGCCCCUACAGGGCCCCGCCAUCAGGUUUUUUACCGAGGUUUCCUCCUCCAUGCUCCGAAGAGCGAAGAGCCAGCAGGGCAACCGGCAGACACGCCCACCCUGCUGGACCAGGCCUUGCCCGAGAGCCGAUGAACGGCUGCCUCUUCUGCUAGAAUAUUGGCCGCUGGCGAUAAUCCUCUCCUCCAAGAGGACAAGGAGGGAACAGUACCAUCGCCAGCGUUUCCAGGGUGCACCACGAGGAGGUUUUCUAGCCCAGCACCCCAAAUCCUAUGCCAACCCGUCUGGCCAGCGUGGUAUAGUAGGCCACACCCUCCUUUCUAAGGAGAGGUCCAUGUCCAGCAGUGGACUGUUAAGGGCUGUUGAUGAUGAUGAUGAUGAUGAAUAUACGGUCAUGUUGGUCUAG